AUGCAGCCCCUGCUCCUGACCCUUGGCCUUGGCCUGGUGGCGGCUCUGCGGGCACAGGACCCCCUGGCCUUCCCCCAGGAGGAGCCGGAUGUGUCGGGGCAGUGAUACCUGAAGGCCAUGGUAAGGGACAGGGUCUCCGAAAAGAAGCCAGAGUCAGUGACCCCCUUGACCAUCACAGCCCUGGAUGAGGGUGACCUUGAGCUGAAAACCGCCACGCUGACGGAUGGUCAGUGCCAGGAGCUGAAAGUGGUCCUGGAGAAGAUGGAUGAGCCCGGCAAAUACAGCAUCUACGGGGGCCGGCGGGUGGUGCACCUCCAGGAGGCGCGGGCGCGGGGCCACUACAUCGUCUACUGCGAAGGCGAGCUCGACGGGGAGCAGGUCCGGAUGGGGAAGCUCCUGGGGAGAGACCCGGAAAACAACCCGGAGGCCCUGGGAGAGUUUAGGGAGGUCGUGGAAGGCAGAGGCCUCGACCCGGAGAGCAUCUUCCUCCCGGAGCAAACGGUCACCCCUGUCACCCCUUCCCACGUGGGCCAUGGGGCCGGGAGACCCUCCUGUGUCUGCCCCGAUGGGGGUGGCAGCCCGGAGGGUCCCGCAUCUGUUCCUCCCCCGCCCCCACUGUUCCACUGA